AUGACGAUUCCACCCUCGCCUUCCCUGUUCCUAUUGGAUCCCUUGGUGCGCACGUCCCGCCCGGGCGAGGAAACAGCCGACAACAAGAAGAAUUUGCUGUCAGCCAAAGAGGCAUUCGGGUUCCCCACGGACCUCGAUUGCGACGAGCUCAUGCGGGGCAUGGCGCUAGAAGCAGACCUCGCCGGCGCGCCUGAUCUGUGCCGCCUGACCCUCCGAGGCGUCCCCCCGUUGUCCACCUGCAUCCAUGCCGUCGACAAGAACCUGAUCCUCAUGAUAACGUCCUUUCCCGAGGUUUACCACCGCGACAUCUAUCUCAUCUACAACACGAUCGACAGAUCGCUCCACAUGAUCCCGUCUCGGCCCAGCUCGCCCACUCGCGCCACCGUCCUCACGGCCCGUCUCCUCGUCGCGCGCCGACAGGACGAUGACAUGUGCUACGCCCUGGCCUUCCCGGGGUCCGUCCGCGGCGUAGGCUCUAGACAGGAGCCCGUUCUCUUCGUGUCUCCGUCCUCGUCCGACUCACAGUGGGAGAUAGCCAAGCGCGCUGAGUUCCCCGACCAUCUGCUCGCGGAGAAAAGCGACUUCGUCGCCAAAGAGGUGUUCUCGCACCGUGGCCGUGGUUACUGGAUGGAUCUCUUGCUCGGUGGCAUGUACUGUGACUGCGUUGAUCUUCUCUCCGGCCAGCGUUCCGUGGACGUCCGCUCCCUAGGCCUGCCUGUGGGGUGCAAGAGUUACCUCAGCUGCAGAGACUACAUACCAGAGGUGAGGGCCUUUCGAGCCGUGGGCUGUGUUGGGGACUCCAUCAAGUUUGUCUCCAUCACCGGCUUCCUUGAGCGUGUCAAUCUUGUGGAUGACCGCAUGUUGACGGUCUGGAGACUCAAGAAAGAAGAUAUGAGUUGGGAUUUAGACUACGAGCUCAAGCUAGGGAGUCUGCGUGAAGAGGGUUCUUUCAAAGGGAACCAACACCUGCCGACCUCCAUGGCACCCAUGUACCCCUUCCUCAGCAUGCAGGAAGACCGUGUCAUCUACUUUGCACUGGGUGAGUACAUCUACCAGGACCUGGAGUUCUGCUUUCCAUCCACGCCAAGCUUUUGGGUUCGGGUUGAUAUGAGCAGCAAGACUUUUAACUGCAUGCCUCUCUCUCUCACGGACGCCAGCAUUGGAUGUCUUCUUGCAAUGUCCGGCAAUGCUGAGGGCAAGCUUGCUUGGACUUCAAGCCAAGCCAACUUCUGA